AUGGCGGAAAGACCGGAGUCACAGAACUCGGAAGCUUUCAGCUUGAAAACGAUGAAUGAUCCAACUGAGAAAAACGCCAAACAAGAGGAGGUUGAACAACUUUCACAAGGGAAUGGGCAAGGCGGAGGAGAAUUGAUUCAAGAAACUACAGUCGUGAGACCAGAACUUGAUCAGGUGGACGGCGGUAAGAGUUCUCCAGGAUUAACAGCUAUCGUCCAUCAAGAUAAUACUGGACCUCAAGAAGAGUUGAUCGAAGAUGUCCAAGCGCAAAAAGCAGUGAAAGACACUGACAAUGAAAACGGAGACCAGUCGGAUGUGGAUCACAAAGCCGAUGGACUCGAACAUGCUGAAGUGCAAAAGAAAGAAGAGAACAAGAUCGUACAAGGUGUAAAGGAUGCUGCUGGAGGAGUUAAGAAUGUAUUGAAGAGCGGUGUGUUUGGAGCAGGCUCACCCAAAUCAACUCCUAAAUCCACCUUGACCACUUCUACCUCCCGACCAACAACGACCGUUCGACAAUCACUCGCACCCACUAGAACCAGCCUAAAACCUACGACUUCUUCCACUCGGCCGGCUGUAUCUACCACUAUGACAGGAACAACCACAUCUAGACCAAGACAUACUUCCACUUUAUCGCAAUCCACUUCAUCCGCUCGUCCUACAGGUGGCGUCACUCGACCUACAGCAGCUACAUCCACCAAGACUGAGCCCACUAGACCCGGAGCACCAACCACCUCGUCUACCAUGUCCAAUGCUCCCGCUCGUGCGGCCACUAAGCCUAUCCUUCCCACCACAGGUACUAGCUCAAAUGGUAUCAAAGCUCAACCCCGUCCAUCUAUCAAACCUCCCAUUCCAGCUGCUGGCACGGCGAGAGCAACGAAACCGCUCGCGACUUCCGGUAUCUCCAAUGGAACAGUACGCAAACCUGAAUCUAGACCACCCGCUAACGUACCUUCAAAGAAUUCCGCCUCUUCCAGCACUCCCAAGCCUCGCGUCGGAUUAGCCAGUUCCACCUCCAGGUUAUCUACUAAGCCACCUGUUGGAAGACCGAGCAUGCUUCCCCCUUCUAGGCCUAGUGUUGGGGCAGCUCAGAAAUCAAGAGGAGGUUCUGAACCCAGUGCUACAACGGGAACGGGUGGAUCGCAUGAGGUAGCGGGACUCAAGGAUAAGAUUCUAGAGCUAGAAAAGCGGUCCGAUGAAGAGAAAGACACGUUCGAGAAGAGGAUAGCGGAGUUGGACAGGGAAAAAACCGGUUUAGAGGAGAAUCAUGCAAACGCGAUAGAAGAUCUUCGAUCGAAGGUGGAACAGGCGAGUGCCGCGGGAGUGGACAACGAUAAUAAGAUUGCCGAGCUAAGAGAGAACCACGUCGCCGAGUUGAAACUCGCUGAGGAGCAAAAGGAUGUAGCGGUCAAGGAGUUAGAGGAGAGAUUGAUUGCCCUUUCUACCGAGAAACAAUCUCUCAUUUCGCAACUUGAUUCGCUCCAAGCAGAAUUAUCCGGCGCCCAGUCAUCAAUCGCCAAACUGAAUACUGCUCUCAACACAGUCCAGAACGAGGUCUCAACGCUUCGUGCCGCUCAAGAUGAAUCCACUUCUGCCCUUGACCAAUUGAAAGAAGCCAAAUCUUCCCUCGAGGUCAAAGUGACUGAGCUGGAAAAGAUGAAAGAAAAGCUUGAGGGUGACUUGGCUGAAGGUGCCGAUCAAGCUGAGAAGUCUGUCGUUGGGGUGAACGGUUUGGAAGAUCAAAUCAGAGAUCUUCAAGAAGAGAUUGAUGAAUUGCAGAAGGAGCUAGAAAAAGCAAAAGAGUCGAGUAAGGGAGAUGACGCCAGAUGGGCCCAAGAGAAAGAGGACCUGAUCAAGAACAUUGAAACUCACAAGAGUGCAAGCAAGGAUCACAAGGACGCUUUGGACAAAAUCACAACUGAGAGCCGAACGAGACAUGAUGAGUUACAGGAUCUACAAAUAACCCAUGAGCAACUGACGACCACCCACGCUGCUCUACUUGAAUCGUCUGCUCAGCAUUCCGAAGCUCUCGCACAGCUUGAAUUGAGAUUGAAAGAGGCUAACGAAAAACACGAUGCUCUUUUGGCCGAGUCGUCUUCCAUCUCCCAGCACGAGCUUGAGGAUAAGCUUACGGACGUCACCCGCGCUAAGGACACCGCAGAAACAGAGCUGGUCGAUGUGAAGACCAGGUCUGGGGAAUUGGAAGAAGAAGUUGAACAACUUGCCGAAGUAAGAAGGAUUAUGGAAGCAAAAGAGGCCUCGUUGAACGAAAUCAUUGCUAAGUUGGAAGGGGAAAAGGAGAAAGAGAAAGAAGAAUCUGAACAGAAGUACUCCAAGGCUGUUGAGGACGCAAAAGUGGCUGCCAGUGAAGCGCACCAUGGUGCACUUGCGGCUAUCAAAGAGGAACUUGCUUCGACGCGAUCAAGUCUUCACGAAGCCCACUCAGCAGAAAUCGAAGCACUGAAAUCAUCACACAGUAUCGCUAUACUGGAUGUUCAGGCAGAUCAUCUUAAAUCCACUCAAUCGCUUGAAGAAACCCUUCUCUCCGCUCAAGCACAAGUGGUAGCUAGUAAAGAUCAAUUAGGUGAAUUGACUGAAACCAACGAGAACCUUAAAUCGGAGCUCUCGAGAUUGAUCGACGAGGUGGAACAUCUCGGCAAGGGUGAUCCGGAGAUGGAAGUGGAGUUGAAGAAGAUCAAAGGGGAAUUGCAAGGUGUCAAAGAUGAAUUGGCGGGUGCCAAAGAGAUGGCCGAAAUGAACAAAUCACACUUUGAAUCUUCAAUUGCAGCUAUUCAAGACCAACAUUCCGAGAACGAAAGGGAAUCCACUGAACGAAGAGUCCGGGACACUUACGAGGCUGAAGAAAGAUAUAAGAGGGAAGCGGAUGAAAUGAAACGUUUGAUGAAAGAUCUCGAAGAGAAAUUACAAGACGAGAGACUGGAGAAGAACAAUGCGCUUGCUAAACUCGCCGCCAUUCGCACUCCGCCUAAUUCCCCACCGCCUACCCAAGCUCAUUCUCCGGCUUUGACCAAGUUGCACGAAGCGCACAACGCCAAAGUGGUAGAUCUGGAAAAUGAGAUCAAAAGGCUUCAACACGAGUUGGUUGAAUCUAGGAAGGGGAGUGUGAUUGAGGACGACAUCGACGAAACGGAAACUUUCUGA